AUGCCUGAUCCCAGAUCACCUAACUUUGAAGAAGAAUUUCGUUUAGACUUACUUACGAUUUGUAAGCGUAUUCUUUUUCAUCAUUGUACUCGCACUUGCAAAAAAUAUAAUCAUGGUUUACAUAAGCUUUGUCGAUUUGACUUUCCAAGAGAACUUGUAGAUCCACCUGGAAUAAUCUUUCCUGAACAAGGCAUAAUCGCUAUUCAACGUACAAGUGCUUUUAUUAACAAUCAUAACCCUUAUAUAACAGCUGCAU